AUGAACCUGGAACGCCUCCGGAAGCGGGUGAGACAGUACAUAGACCAGGUGAGCCAAGGCGAGAAAGGUGGGGAGACACUUCCCCCCCCCCGUCGUUCUCUCGGGGUCCCCAACGUCGCUCCUUGGCCGCCAACGACGCCCACUCUUUUUUUGGAUGGGAAGCUCAGCCUCAGCUCACCCUCCUCUCCAACCCCCCCCCCCAAUUGCCUGCCUUCUUUUUACUUGCAGCCAGCCUAAGGGUUGGUGCAGGCAGUCAGCUGCCACUUCCUAAGGUGUUGCCCUUGUAGAUCUCAGCAGGGUCGUGGGUUCUUAGGGACACGUUGGGCAAAUGAUUCCUGCAUUGCAGGGGAGUCGUGACCUAAAUCAAGUACAGUGGUUAGAUACGCUUCAGGUUAAAGACUCCGCUAACCCAGAAAUAGUGCUUCAGGUUAAGAACUUUGCACUGUUAUCACAAGUUGAGUGCAGUUGUCUGCAAAAGAAGCCCCAUGUAUUAGUAUCUGCAUUGCAAAAUAAAUACCUUAUCCCCCCAACCCACACCAUUCCCUUUUAAGUACAGCCGUACCUCGGGUUAAAUACUUAAUUCGUUCCGGAGGUCCGUACUUAACCUGAAACUGUUCUUAACCUGAAGCACCACUUUAGCUAAUGGGGCCUCCUGCUGCUGCGCCGCCGCCGGAGCAUGAUUUCUGUUCUCAUCCUGAAGCAAAGUUCUUAACCCGACGUAAUAUUUCUGGGUUAGCGGAGUCUGUAACCUGAAGCGUAUGUAACCCGAAGUACCACUGUAAAUGAGUAGAAAUACUUAACUAAUAGCUCGGUUCUGCCCCGCCCGCCAACCUAAAGCCUUUCUCCCCAACAUAAAUCCCGGCUACGCCCAUGCAAGGUGUUGGGCUAGAUGACCCUCGUGGCCCCUUCCAGCUCUACAGGUUCUAUGAUUCUAUCAAACUAGAAUUAGCUAGAUGUGCCUGCUGUUGUUGGCUCUGGCUCCACCUAUUGUUCACCUGUCUUUCUUUCUCUCUACCAGUCCCUGGUUGCCAUCACCACAUUACUUACCUGUUAGAAGCUAUGUGCCUUUUCUAGCGGAGAGAGGCGGUUUCAGUGAGGGGCACAGUUUCUGUCCGACAUGCUGUAGUUAAACGUACAGGAGGCCCUUCCAAUAUAAAGUGACAGGCCUUCUCUUGGCGAUAGUUCAGUGUCUCAAAGUGUUGGUAGUUCUGGGCGGGUCAUUUAGCUUCAAUUCUUCAUUUGCAAAAUGAUCAAAUGGAUUGUAUAUAUAGUAAUACCAGAUUGGUUCUCUCCUGGUGGACAAGUAAAAAUUCAUUGCUUAUUUGUAUAAGCAAUAAUCCAGUUUUAUUAGAGAAAGACUAAGGAGACAUAGGUUGAAAUCCCCACUCAUCUACAAAAUUCUCUGCGUGACCAUGAGCCAAGUCACACUAUCUUAGCCUAAUCUACCUCACAGAGUAGAUAAAAAGAUAAAACUGGGAGGUGACAGCAGGGGAGAGUACCGUGUAUGUUGCCUGGAGUCCCUUGGAUAAAGGGUGGGAAUCAAAUGUAAUCAAUACAAUUUGUUAUAGGAAAAACAUGUGUAAUACUUGUUCUUUCUUUGCCCCUAAAAACAGCAACAGUAUCAAAGUGCUCUGUUUUGGGCAGAUAAAGUAGCUUCAUUGUCUCAUGGUAAGUUACAUAUUUAACUUAAAUUAUACAGAAGUCAACGUUUCUAAAACUAUUUUUGUGAAGUGUCUUCUAAAUGAAUUUCCCUUUCCUAUGUUGUGUUUAUUUUUCUUCAGAAUGACCAUGACAUGUCUUUCAGGCUUGGAUUGCUUGGGUUGAUAACUUUGAAGUACUGUAUUUACAGCAGAGGUGGGAAACUGGAUCAAGCCAGCAGGAAGGAUCCUUACUUGCUCCACCACCUGCAGGCAAAGCUUGACAGGUGGGUGGGUCUGCCCACCUGUAAACCAAACUACUGUAUCUCACAGUGACAUCAGGGGACCCAUUUUCCUUUGCCAGCACAGUUUGAAAUCAAACUGCACAGGCAAAGGCACAGCACUUUGCAAACAUCAAUAAUCAGCUUUUCAACAGCACUUGCAUAGUGUAGCACAUAGCUGUCAACAUUUCCCUUUUUUUUUAAGGGAAAUUCCCUUAUUCCGAAUAGGAUUCCUCACAAGAAAAGGGAAAAGUUGACAGCUAUGGUGUAGCGCUUUGCAGGCACUCAUGGUCAGCUGAUUGGUGAUGGGUUGUGCUUGCAAACCUCACUUUUAUCAGGGAGAGAAAUAUUUACCAGCCCUACAACUGAUGUCAUAUAGAACAUCACAUGCAGAGCAGGAGGGUGUGACUUGUUGGAAACCUGCUGGUGGGCCAGAUGGGGAGGUAUAGCAGGUCCACAUCCAGAGAUUUCCCAUAACUGAUUUAUAUGAAUAAAAACUUUCAACACUGUGGUGUUUCACCAUCAUCAAGAUACAGUAACUCUGAUCUGGCUUGCAUUGGUGUAUAAAAAUGACAGUGAAUAUGCAGGGUAGUAUAUCUAUUUCCCUAGUAAAUGUUUGUAAUGCUUGUAAAUGAUUCACAUUAUCUCCAAAAUUGCAGUCAUGUGGCCAUUGUUUACACCCUUAUGUCUAAAAGACUGUUAAAUGCAAUGCAAAAUUCUAAUGGUUGGUUUAACUUAGUGCUUAGACAUUUUUCUCAGGUUGACAAAGAUAGGAUUUUUUAUUGUUCUUUAAUUUAUCAGUUAUAGAAAUACUUGCUUUUGGUAAAUUAAGUGUUGCUGGUUUUUUUAACAUGCUGUGAAUGAAAUAUAUCCCAUACAAGCAAGAUAAAGCACAUGAGUUUUGAGGGGGAUCAUAUUUAAUAAAGUUGUGUGGCUAUUUCUUUUUUAGAAGACCCACAGGAUAUCUAUUGGCUGGCUCAGUGUCUUUACCUCACAGCUCAGUACCACAGGGCAGCACAUGCCCUUAGGUCAAGAAAACUAGAUAAGGUAAGAUACUGCAGACCAGUCUUGUUUCUUCCAUUUUAGCCUUUUCGGUUUGUUGUACAAGUUGCUAAGUCGAGCAUUGUCAGGCAUGCUGGUUGCUACACCUUCUGUAAUAAUUUAUGAAAUAGGUAACAUAUGAGAAAAUAGUCAAAGCACCAAAUGGGGAUAAGAUGGAAUAGAACAUGAGGAACUAUUAAAAUUGUAGGUGCUGAUAGCAGUUAAGCCAAUACUGCAGUACUGUAGAAGUAAUGGGAGUAAAGUAAGAAAUACAAAUAGCAUAGAAGUGGUAACAUAAACUGCUCACUUGCUCACAGGUGUCUUGCUGAAGCCAGCGGUGGGUAGUGGUUACAGAAAAGCAAAGUAGCAUAAGACAAUUUUUAUUGAAAACAUUCCUUCUGUUUCCUAGAUUUUUUCUUUCUUUUAAUACAUAGAUAAAUAGGAUUCUUUCAAAAUUAAUUAAGUCAGCAGGAUCUAUGUUGGCAGAAGGGAGAUGAUAGAGAGCAGUUCAGUUAGAAAGGCAAUGAAAGAGUUGACUCUUGGCAUGCAGAAUGUAUUAAAGGAACUGGUCAAAAUAUGAUAAACAGACUCAUGAAUUGAAAGUACAAAGUAUAAGAAUCACAAUGCUAUGUCAGGCAUCACCAUCUUUAUUCUUUAAAAAGUUAUACCUUUUCAAAGUGCAAAAUUAUUUAAACAAUUUUAAUUUCUCCCUUAGUUAUAUGAAGCAUGUCGAUACCUUGCUGCUAGAUGUCAUGUAAGUAUUUACUUACAUUAGAAUGAUUCUUCACUAAGCAGCCAGUAUGUAUAAGAAAAUCACAUGGCAGAAGGGAUUAUUUCUGCAGCUGAGAUAGAAAUGUGAAAACCUGAACAAUUUUGUACCUGCUAGCUUAAAAUAUACUGCAAUUCAAAUGGUAGUUUAAAUGCUAUAAUUAUUUUAAAGCUGUGCUUAUUGAAGAUUCAGGACAGUUAACACUACUGAAUACAGUGGUGCCUCGCAAGACGAAAAGAAUCCGUUCUGGGAGUCUCUUCGUCUAGCGGUUUUUUCGUCUUGCGAAGCAAGCCCAUUGAUGGGAUUAGCGGAUUAGCGCUAUUAGCGGCUUUUAGCGGCUUUUAGCAGCUUAUCAGUUUAUCUGAUAAGCAGAUAAGCGGCUUAGCGACUUAGAAAAAGAGGGGGAAAAGGGAAAAAAAAACCCAGGAACUCGCAAGACAUUUUCGUCUUGCGAAGCAAGCCCAUAGCAGAUUCGUUUUGCGAGGCACCUCCAAAACGGAAAACUCUUUCGUCUAGCGAGUUUUCCGUCUUGCGAGGCAUUCGUCUUGCGGGGCACCACUGUAAAGAAAACACACAUUCCUUUCUUGAAAGCUCACAUCUAAAUAAUAUGCAGUAGGAAUAGGGUGGGAAACCAGGGCUGUCUUAAGCAUACCCUGCGCGUGGUUCAAAGAUCCCUCCGGCGCCACCCCCCCUUUCCCAAAGUUGUCGACCUUUCCCCAAGCCUCUGCGGGGAUUGCUCUCCUCCCACGGAGGCUUGGGAGGGAAGCUGCACGCCUGCCAGCCAUAUAGUUGGUGGGGCGCAGCUUCCAUCCUAAGCCUCUGCAGGGAUCGCUCUCCUCCUGUGGAGGCUUGGGAAGCAAGCUGCACGCCCCCCCCAGCCAUAUGGUUGACAGGGCACAGCUGGCGGGUGUGCAGGGAAAGGGGAGGCCGCCGGCAAAGCCAUGCAGCUCCCCCAGUCACUGUGGCGCCCCUGAGAGGCCAGCGCCCUGGUGCAACUCACCAGUAAGCCCAAUAGGAAAGACGGUUGUGUGGGAAACAGAAGAACAAAGUAAUAAGCACAGAAAGCUUGGUAUGGUGGCAAAGGUUUAAAGGGAAAUAGAGAAUGUAGGGACUAAAAAAAACUAACAAAAAAGAGGCAACUCUGUGGGUGUUGAGGUUGAGAUGGGUUUAGGCUUUAUAUGCCUGUAUAACAACCAAAAGUGGUAUGUGUGUUUAUAUGUGUAAAGUUGUUGUUCAGAAUGAAUUAUGUAAGGUAUAUAACCUGCUGGUGGAUGAGCUCUUUAAAAAAAUAGUACUUUUUGCAUUGCCACUUUAAACAUAACGUAACUUUGAGUUUCUCUGUACAGUACGCUGCAAAAGAAUAUCAACAGGCUCUUGAUAUUCUUGACAUGGAAGAGCCGAUCAACAAAAGACUGUUCGAAAAAUAUUGUAAGGAUGAAAGUGGUCCAAAGGACUGUUCCAGUGACUGGGAGGUUUCACAAUCUUCAGUGAGUAACAUAUUGACAGAUAUAAAUUAAUGUAAGCAUAUGAUGUAUUCAAGGCUGCAGGGAAAGGAACUAGAAGGCUUUCUGGUGAUGUUAAUUUGCAAUAGUCUUGUGUUAUGUCUUUAAAUUUUUGCUUUGUAAAAACAGUAUUUCAUCUUUAAAAGAGUUUGUGUUUGUAUAAAUAAAGUAAAGACACACAUGAAUCAAGUACACACCUCAUGGGCUGUACAUGGUUAACCACUGUACAGAUGUAUAACACACUUAACUAUGAAUUUUAUGCAGUGUGAAUGGUCCAAUCUGAUGAAUAAAAUGCAUUUUUUUUGUUUCUAAGUUUUAAUUUGUGCUCAGAAUCAAACUGCAAACACCAAUUCCUUCUCUGACCUCCACCUAUCCUUUCCCAUCAGAUCAAGAGCUCUAUUUGCCUUUUGCGUGGGAAGAUCUAUGAUGCACUUGAUAACAGAACCCUGGCAACAUUCAGCUACAAAGAGGCCUUGAAACUCGAUGUUUACUGCUUCGAAGCAUUUGACCUUUUAACAUCACACCAUAUGCUGACAGCAGAAGAAGGUUUCGAGAACUCUCAUCACCCCUCCAGUUUUAAAACAUUAUUUCUCUUUGUCCAAAAAACUGUUUUAAUCAACAAAAUAUUAAAUUACCGUAUUUUUCGCUCUAUAAGACGCACCAGACCACAAGACGCACCUAGUUUUUGGAGGAGGAAAACAAGAAAAAAAUAUUCUGAAUCCCAGAAGCCAGAACAGCAAGAGGGAUCGCUGCGCAGUGAAAGCAGCAAUCCCUCUUGCUGUUCUGGCUUCUGGGAUAGCUGCACAGCCUGCAUUCGCUCCAUAAGACACACACACAUUUCCCCUUAAUUUUUAGGAGGGGAAAAGUGAGUCUUAUAGAGCAAAAAAUACGGUAUAUCAGCCAUUGAAUAGAGAUACCAGUUUUCAAAAUAAAUAAAUUUUGCUGGUUAUUCUCCAAAGCCGACAGAGCAGCUCAAACUCACAAUCCUCCUUGCUGGAGGUUUUUUGUGUUUUGUUUUUGAAGUGGAGGUGUCCCCCUGCCCAGCACUGUCUGGUGCCACCAGCCUCCACUAAUGAGGCAACUCUGCCCCUGGCAGGGAAGUCCGGUCACCGUGGAGCAUCCCUGUGUGCCCAUCCAAACAGAGUUGGAACAGAUGGAAGAUGCCAGCAGUGGUGUUCCUAGUGGCUGUAGACUUCAGAAUGCUCCAAAGCAGGGUGUUUUUGUGGAGGAAAGGCUGGGCUGACACGGGAUCUACUGGAUCCUCAGCCAGCACUGCUGCUAUCAUGUGAUAGCAACAUGCUCAGUGUGGUAGCCCUCAGCUCAGUUGCGCCCGUGAAUGUGGUACUCUUUACUUUCCUUCCUUGUAUUAGCAAAUGGCUAAUGUUCAUUGUUUUAUUUCCCAUGAAAAUGAAUUUGAAGGCAAUGCUGCAGUUGGGGUAAAACCAGCAGCACCUUCCCCACUGAUGGUGAUCCUGCAAACCCUCUUUUACUUCUUUUCUGCCAUAGUGAUAGGCAUUUCAUCAGUCCGAAUAUAAAAUACAGCCUUCAAACUGGCAUAUGAAGGCCAUUAUCACCUUGCUUCUCUACUGUUCCCUGCAAUGGACAGGCUAGUGUUUAUUAAAUUAUGAAGCAAGCCUCCCUUUUUGGGUAUGGUGUUUCUAAGGCAGAAGGAAUUACAGGAAGAGAGAGAGAAUUUCUAGGAACCUUCGACCCUACCAGCUAAGAUCUGGGUAGAUCUCAUGCCUCCCUGGAAAAAAAAGACACUGAUUCACAUCUCUGCUAUUUAUCAUCCCAAAAAGGAAGUGCUACUGAAUGUGAUUUUUAGGGGGGAAAUCUUUCCCCCUGCUAUUUUCCACUGCUAAUCAAAUCUAUCGAUGAUACAUAACUGCAUAUGAUGGCACAUAACUCCACAUGCUCACUUCUGGAAUGGGUUAUUGGUGUCAGAUUGUAAGAUUUGCAGGACAGGAGAGGAGAAAGGCACAGGGCAGAGGAAAUUCAGAAGGGAAGCACAGGUUCUAAAAGUUUUGGAGACAUAUUUAUAGAAUAAUAAUAAUAAUUUUAUUAUUUAUACCAUGUCCAUCUGGCUGGGUUUCCCCAGUCACUCUGGGCAGCUCCCAGCAGAAUAGACAAAGACAGGUAAACAUACAUAGGAAGUAGCAGAGUGUUCCUAAUUCUCUAGACAGACUGACUGUAUAUCAGAACCUUAUAUCUCAAUGCAACAUGUUUUAUGAUGCUGUAUGUGGUAGCAGUUGAAACAUUUUUACCUGAGCACUGCUCCUGCCACAAAUCUCGUGUUCAGUGAAAAAGCAUCACAAUAACGCAUCACAUUUAUACCAUUGUAUAAAUUUCAUCCCAAACAAUGUGUCAUUUGAUCCAUAUGAAUUACUCCAUACAAAUACAAUGCCACAAAGUAUAUUGUAUCACUUACCUUCCCUAUUUAGAGAAGUUUUUAAUGUUUGAUGUUUUAUUUUGUUUUUAUUAUUCUCUACCAUUCUUCUGGAAUUCACUUUUGUAACUGAUGUUUUCAGAAAAGAGCUGCUGGAAUCUCUACCUCUAGGAAAACAGUGUACAGAAGAAGAAGUAGUAUUGCUACAUUUUCUGUUUGAGAACAAAUUAAAAAAGGUAAUAGUACUGUAGUUUAAAAGAAAUCUACAUUGAUUCAAAUGUAAAUUUGAUAAAAUUCUGUUACAUAUACUUUAAUGUAACCAAUAGCCUAUAUUUUGCAUCUUAGGACCUAUGAUUUGCUUCUUUUUGUGUCUUAGCAGUUUAGCAUCAGUUACUGUGACCUUGCAUACUAUUUAUUAAUCAGAAUUCACCCCUCAAAAGCUUUCAUUGUAUCCAAAUAUGAUAUACUAUAUAUAUUUAAUAAUUCUAGAAGGGUCAUAAUGGCUAUAAUGGAAACAAUGCAGUUUUCAAAAUAUAAAGCUAAGAUCAGGUUCAGAUUAUCAUUUGGAAAACUCUGCAGCCCUACGCAAGUACUCUGCUCCUCACACAAUUAGAACCUCAUCAGUGGAGAGCAUAGAUGCUCUCGCUAGCUAUGCGCCUUUCACUAUGUUGCCAUCACACUUCCCUGCCACUUGUCAUGCAUUGAAGGGCAAACAUCUGCAGCAGCAAGUCUGCUAUACUCACGAAGGCUCCUUACACAGUUUAGAACCUUAAUUGUGCAGGGAGCCUCUAUGAGUACAGCAGGCUUCUCACAGCAGAUGUUUACCCUGUAAUACAUAGCUGUUGAUAUGAAUAGCAGGAAGGGCAGCUAGAGCUGCCUUUUCCCUACUCCCACCCUCAUUGUGUGAGAAGACUACCUCCUAAACCAUAUAGGUCUAUUCAGGCAAUCUGGCUAUUAUUGUAGAAACAGAGACCCAUGGAAGAAUGGAAUGAUCAUGGUAGAUUGUCUUUCAUGUGAACAGAAAGGAUGGCAAUCUCUGCCCCACCCCUGUCGCCACCCUUAACAAUAGGACUGCUUGAAUUUAUUAGGCUUUUACACUGUUUUUUAAAAUGGCAAUACCCUGUCUCAGGGCACUCCGUAGCCAACUGAUAGGUGAUAUAGCAUGGCCUUGUUUGGAUUAAGAAUACAGUUUAAUGGACACUCCCUCAUCCAUCUGAAAAGAAGGUGUUAGAGAAAAAUGCAUUUGCUGGUUCUUGCUAUCUUGUUAGGUCCUGCCAGCCACCUUUCCAGACAAAGUGGAAGCUUCUGAACCAAAGUCUAAUAGGGGCGGGGGGAGGUAUGUCAUUGCCCUCUAGCAAUAAUGGUAUUAUGGAUCUGAGCAACCACAUGAUUCUCUAUUGACAUUUCUCCUCUCUUUCAGUAUAAUAAACCCAGUGAAACGUUGAUCCCUGAAUCUGUAGAUGGUCUUCAAGACAAUCUGGAUGUCGUUGUGUCUUUAGCAGAAAGGCAUUACUAUAACUGCGAUUUCAAGAUGUGCUACAAGCUCACUUCUCUGUAAGUAAAUAUAUCAGCCUGUUACGAAAUAGCAUUUAUUUGAAACCACUCAAUUGUGGAAGCCAGUAGAUAAUUGUUCACUCUUUACUGAAAGCAUCUUUUCAUAGAGCAGAGAGGAGUGUAAAGCCUGGAUGUCUUAAUUGUUGGUCGCUACCGUUUGGAAUCCCACCAGCUGUCAUUGUAUCAGUUACACCUUGCCUGUUAGCCUUUUCUCAGUCUUUUACUAAAGGUUUGGGGGAUAAAUGUUUGGGGCUCGGUGCAUUGAAGUGUCUUGUAUGACAAUUUUGAUGAGAUAAGAUCAGGGUUGGGAAGGUUUUGUCCCCCAGAUAUUGCUGGACUACAACUCCCAUAAACUGCUGCCAGCAGGGACAGUGGUUGGGGAUAGUGCAAGUUGUGGUCUGGCAACACCUGGAGGGCCACAAGUUCCACAGCUCUGGGUUUAGCUGUUCAUUUACCAAAUAUGUGCAUUUGGAAAUGGACAACUUUAAGCAGGGCACAUAGAAAGCUAUUUCACACAAUGUGUUUUUAAGUGUACAGUAUGUCUAGCAAGGUAAAAUAGUAGAGUUGUACCUUAGAAGUCGAACGCCUUGCGAGACUGUUUUGACUCCCAAACGCCGCAAACCCAGAAGUGAUUGUUCCAGUUUGUGAAUGUUCUUUGGAACCUGAACGUCUGUCGCGGCUUCCACGGCUUCUGAUUGGCUGCAGGGAGCUCCUGCAGCCAAUCAGAAGCCAUGCCUUGGUUCUCAAACAUUUUGGAAGUUGAACGGACUUCCGGAACAGAUUCCAUUUGACUUCUGAGGUAUGACUGUAUUCACAGAUAACAUUUGUCAGCAAGUCAUGACUGGAUGGAGCCUCCUGUUGAGCGAAUGCUGAGUCUAAUCUUCUUUCCCCAGCGGCAAAGGGCCGUGGCUCAGUUCCUCAUGUUCAGAAUGUCCUGGGUUCAGUUUCCCAGUAUCUCCAGGUGGGGGUGGGAGAGACUCCUGCCUGAAACCCUCAAGAGCUGUUGCCAGUCAUUGUAGACAAUACUCAACUAAAUGGAUUAAUGGUCUGAUUCAGUAUAGGGCACCUUUCUAUAUUCCUAUUUUAAAAAAAUUGGGGGGGGGAGAACUUUAAUAUCUGGAGCUGAAAACUACAGUCUUUUAGUGCCUCUCUGAGUACUUUGUAUGAUGGGAAGGAUACAAAGUAAUAAGCAAUUCUACCAUAUUUUGCAAGAACAAUGAUCUAUUUGCGCCUCAAUUUUUAUUAAGUUACUGUCCCUUGAGGGUUUUUAUUUCCGCUUAUUUUUAGAGUAAUGGAAAAGGAUCCAUUCCAUGCCAGUUGUUUACCUGUGCAUAUUGGGACACUUGUGGAGCUGAAUAAAGCAAAUGGUGAGAAGGUGUUUUAAUACAAAUUGAAUAUUAAUUAUUUUUAAAGGGAUUCCUGGUCUAUUUUUAUUUAUUUAUUUAUAUUUUGCAUUGACUCCUGAAUAGGCCUUUCAGCUCUAAUUCAGGAGUUAAAAGCUAGCAUGGUGUAGUAAGUAGAACAAGGACCAGGGUUCUAGAGCUGUGUUCAAAGUUCCACUCCACCCUGAAGCUCAUUGGGUGGCCUUGGUUAGUCUCUAAAUCUCAGCCUAACCUAUUUCACAAAGUGGUUGUGAAAAUAAAAUAGUAUAGGAGAGAACCAUGUCUUGCCACUUGGAGGAAGGAUUGGCUGCAUAGGCCAGGAUUCAACACAGAACAAGCAGAUUUUUUACUCAUUCAACAGGAUUUAACCCUCAUCUCCUUCCUCCUGCACACCCCCAAAAUCUACUCAGAGGGGGGUGUCUCAGCUUUUUGGAGCAGAAUUUUAGGAUGCAAGGGGAGCUUUAGGAGAAAGCAAGAGAAGGUGAAGUCCUGCUGCAUGGGUAGAAUUCUGUUCCUCUCCUAGACAAGCCGCAUUGAAGGCAAGCCGUAAUAAAUAAAUAAAUAAAAUAUGAGAUUUUGUAGACAGAUAUUGAUGGGUAGUCAUAAAGAAAGCAUAAGGAUCCGUAUUUGUGUGUUAAUCCAUAUAUGAUGGAUUUGAUAUUAACUAAAAUUAAUAUAGCAAUAUUUCACUCUUUCAUUGAGGGUUCCUGCUACACAUUUCUGCUGGUUCUGCAAUAGAAAUGAGUCCAUUUUCCCAUUUAAAGGCAGAAAGUUAUUCAUCCUGUUAGACAGUAUAUUUGCAUUUUAUGCCUUUAUAAUUUGCAGCUAUUAAGAUGCUACUUAAGUAGUUAAUAUUAUACAAUACUUAAAAUCAACUCCUCCUUUUUUAAUUUUUAAAGGAGAAAUGUGUAUGCUUUCAGUGGAGAGCCAGGAAAAAAAUUGUGAGUCAUCCGUAGUGGAAAAUAGUUAAAUGAAAUGUGAAAUCUUGCUCAGUGGAAGGCCCACCCGAGGGAUGAGAAAUACUGAUUCCCUUGUUUCUUGGCUUCCUAUUGUAAAGAAAACUGGAAACCACACUACUAAAUGCAAAAGCUACUAUACUAAACCAUAACAUGUUAAGUAAAAAUUGUCUACGGAAUAUUUUAUAUUAAGAUUGUCUAAUAUACCGACCGUGCUAGAGUGGCUGUCAGUGGCCUGGUUCAUAUGGCAUGGUAAGCCAACUGUGACUCAUUAGGACCUCGCAAAUGUCCUGGCUCCUGGAGCUCCCUGCCCAGAACUUUUAGCAUGUAACAGCUAAACCAUGGUGAUGCCCAAAUGCAAGGUUGUGAUUAAGAUCUUUCCUCCUUAGCCAUGAUCGCUAGCCCAGGUUUGCUCUAUGGUUAAUAUGGAAACCUUAGCCACAAUCCUGGGUUCACAUGGCAUGCUAAGCUAAACCCUGGCAUGGCUGCCAUGCCAUGCUAUGGUUAAAGGACUGUCAAGAAGCAAAACGGGUGCCCUUCGUCUCCAAGAGCCAACACAUUUGCAUGGUUUUGGUAAACCAUACUUUGCCUUAGCAUGACUUGUGAAUGACCGGAAUGAGCGCCUUUGAAAAUAGACUUGAAAACAUAAGAAUAUAUUAUAUGGGAUAGUUUGAGAGAAACAGUUGACAGCUUUAUUCUGAUUAUCAUUUUCAAUCCAAUAAAAAUGUGAACAAAAAGGCAUAACACUUUAUUUUAUCAACAUUCAACACAAGCUGCUACAUAUAUACUAUUGUUUAACAUAAAUAUAUUUCUUCUUCCUAGAACUUUUCUACCUUUCCCAUAAACUGGUGGAUUUGUACCCAAAUAAUCCUGUAAGUUGUACUUCUGUUCUUUGUUUCAUAAAUGUGCGAUGAAUGCCAUCAAUAAAAGUUUAAAAGGUUAGGACCCAUAUAGUAGCAUAUACAUCUAAAGUGAAAUGCUAUUACCAUUAUUAUGGUAAUGAAUAAUUUAUUAUAAUGUUAGCCUUAUUGGUAGUACUACUUUUCUGUAUAGGCUACAUGAAUAUUCCCCAGCUUAAUGGUACAUAAAAUGCUUAGCUUUCGACCCCCCUCCCCAAUCUUAAAAAUUUCACAAAUAGAGUAGGCAUGGUAGAGAAGGGAUUGUACUACUCAUCACUCAUGGAAUCAAAUUAGCUAUCCACAAGUUGUUGAACCACAGUGCGCACAGCACUGGCAAUCACAAAUUGUAUACCUGCUGCUCAACAAAGUCACAUUUUCUCAGCCACUAAAUAUUGUGGACUCCGUGCCACAAAAAUAAGGAAACGGUCCAGCAAACCAUUUCCUUUAGGAAAGGGAUAAAAUGUUGAUAAAUACAGAGCACUUAUCAAAGGAACGUAUUUCUAAUGCUGUUUGCUUGAACCCACGAUGUUCCUACAUUUUAAAUGGAACCGAUCCCGUACAUUGGCCUUGUUUUCAUGACACAGUAAGCCAAAUCAAGGCUUACUAAUCCGGAUCCAUGGAAAAUAGCUUGCAGCCACCUUCCUUCUCCUUGGUCCUUUUUACUGCUGCACCAAGGCUUAUUUUGGGCUACUGCUUGUGGUUAGUGAGGAGAGAGUUUAACCGCAAGUUGCAGUUCAAACAGCAUGCUAAGCCAAACCUUUUCCUUACUCAGCACGGCACAGUAUGUUUGCAUGUUUGCACAGUCUCAGUAAGUCAUAGUUUGACUUACUUGGUCAUACAAAAUUGUCAUAUCAGUACAGUGAUACCUCGGGUUACAUAUGCUUCAGGUUACAUACGCGUCAGGUUACAGACUCCGCUAACCCUGAAAUAGUACCUCGGGUUAAGAACUUUGCUUCAGGAUGAGAACACAAAUCGUGCUCCGGCGGCGCAGCAGCAGCAGGAGGCCCCAUUAGCUAAAGUGGUGCUUCAGGUUAAGAACAGUUUCAGGUUAAGAACAGACCUCCGGAACGAAUUAAGUACUUAACCCGAGGUACCACUGUAGUGUGCUUUAACAUGUCUUGAAUUUUAUCUGGCGAUUAGGUCUCCUGGUUUGCUGUAGGAUGUUAUUAUCUUAUGGUUGGCCAUAAAAAUGAACACGCCAGAAGAUACCUUAGGUAAGUCUCACUUUGUCUUCUGUAGUCCUAAGGGUUGCUGUCUUGUAAGUUUACCAUUUUAAGAAACCUUGUACUGUUUGCACUGAUGAACUAAGUAAGGUCCAGGCAACCUUCUAUAUGCCGGAAGACUGGAAUUGGCACACUUCAGUAAAUAACUAUUCUCAGAGUAGUUGUACUUCAGAGUUACAGCUUUAAGCAUUACAUUUAGCAUUGCAGGUUUCAUUGGCUCUUAUUUCACGUACUUGGUUUUUAUGUUUCAGCAAAGCCACCACCCUUGAGAGAACAUAUGGACCAGCAUGGAUAGCAUAUGGGCACUCAUUUGCAGUUGAAAGUGAGCAUGACCAAGCAAUGGCUGCUUACUUCACUGCAGCCCAGCUGAUGAAAGGGUAGGUCAAAAUUAGAUUGCCAGGAAAUAGGGAUGUAGUUCAAUAAAACCAUCUUGGCAAACGGGUAUUAAUAUUGGAUGAAAAAUAAACAAAAAUAAUAAUUUACUGGGAAAACAUCUGCCAUCAGAGAUGUAUUCAGUGUUUGCAGCGAAAUUAAUAUUUCUCUUAGAAAGUAAGCUUUACAUUAGUUACUAGUGCAGUAUUAUGGAUAUGCUUGUCAAAACAAGGAAACUUAACUAUUCUGUCUAACCCCCCCCCCUCAUUUAAAAGUGUUUGCAGUAUUUUUAAAACUAUAGAUCAAAGAGUUGUUUAAAUGAAAUGCGGUGCUGCAUUAAAUGUCCUCAUGUCUUAGGUUUUUUUUUAAUUACUGUCCGUGUUCUUUAUUUUUGUAGCUGCCAUUUGCCAAUGCUGUAUAUUGGGCUGGAGUACGGCUUGACCAACAACUCAAAAUUAGCUGAGCGGUUUUUCAGCCAAGCUUUAAGUAUUGCACCCGAAGACCCUUUUGUGAUGCAUGAAGUUGGAGUGGUAGCAUUUCAAAAUGGAGAGUAAGUUACUAUUUUUAACUUUGGGUUGUCUUUGUACCAGAUAUCUGCACAUAAUUUCCUUUCUUGGUUAGCUCCCCCUCCAAAACCUAGAAACCAUUAUACUGCCCACUUGUGCACUUAAUGAACUUAGUACUAAUAUUAAUGUGUCACUUCAACUAUUUCAUAUAUAAACUAUAUCAUGUUGACAAUGCAAUGGCAGUUACACCACUUAUCACAGUCACUGAUAACUGUAGUUUAGGAAAUAUAUUAUUUUUUCCUUCAGUGAUCAGAUGCGGUUUUCAAAAAACAGCUAAGUACUUAUCACUGCUUUUGUAUCUCAUGGGAAUUAUUUUUACAUUGUAACAGUAAGCAUCAUUUAAAAAAAUCAAAUACUUCUUUGCCUUUAAAAAUUAGAGAGAUCCCAUAGGCAUCUUUCAAUGCUGCAUGUUAAUGGCAUUUUCUUUACGCAAGGCCCUAUAGGUAAUAAAAUAGAUAAGCUGUUAAUUUGGAGAGACAUAUGCAUAAGACAUAGACCUCUAAAUGUGUUUUAUCUUAUUUUCUUUCAGCUGGAAAACUGCAGAAAAGUGGUUUCUUGAUGCGUUAGAAAAGAUCAAAGCCAUUGGAAAUGAGGUAUUUUUAUUUUUAUUUAUAUAUAUAGAUAUAGAGUUGGCCAUAAUUUCAUCUCAGCGGGUUGUGUUUUGAAAGUACGACCCCAAAGUGCUACAUUUGAAGAAUCCCACCAAGCAUUCUGCUUAAAAGCUACCCAUAUCCCAGAAGCAAUACAUAUGCAGAUCAUCACCUUCCCACCUAUGGUAUUGCCCAAAAGUUUUCAUAUAACAAGUCAUUUGGUGCAUGGGUGUUGAUAUUUUGUUAAUCAGCCAAUGGAAUAGCUUGUUUACUUCAAUCAAGAUUUUGUUUUAGAGGCAUUAAAAUUUUGUCUUUAGAUGUGAUGCUUGUCUUGCAGGUGACGGUUGACAAGUGGGAACCUUUAUUGAAUAAUCUGGGGCAUGUAUGCAGAAAGCUUAAGUAAGUGGAACAGCGAUUUUUACCAGUACUUAGUAUUUUAAGUAUUUAUCCUUAAAUGGUAUGGCAUUCCAGUUUUACUAAACCUUCUGUAUGCAUUUAAUUAUAUUUAUCAUCUGGCAUGUUCAUAUUAUAUAUUGAAAUGGAAUGUAUUGUGGAAUAUGGUAUUCUAAACAUCUCAGCUAUUGCAUUUUUUAAGAAACAAGCUUCUAGUCUUUAUGAUAGAACAGUGAAAGCUCAGAGACCUGAGGUACUGCAUAGAGUUCCUGAGGCCAGGAUGUGAAACUUCAUUGUCCUUCAAAAUUCGUAGAUAAAGUUUUCCAACAUCUACUUACACACCUCCCCCCGCCCACCUCAUCUCACAGCUUCCCUUCCUUCCUUCUGCAUUCUUCUUUUCACCCUGUGGGCUGGUUUGCGUGAAUGCUAAGCCAUUGUUUUAGUAGCAUAUAGGACAAGCGUCACUAAAGAAAUGUCAAGCUCAUGCACUCCCUCCUUUCCUCUUUUCUCAUGCAGGUGGUAGGAAGACUACUGCUGAGUUUAUUUUCAGUUUUAAAUAAUUUCAGCUUCGCUCACCUUACAGCGUGAAUCCAGUGGUUUAUUUAAAAGCCAGCUUCAAAACCCAUGGUUUAAAAUUAGCUUGUUGAACAAAUAACCAUUGUUUGUUUUUAACCAGUAUUCCUGGUUUGCAUGGAAUGCUAAGCUGAGAUUCUUUGAAAUGGCCAGGAGAACUUCUGCUGAGAUUACUUUCCAUGUUAGGAGGGUGCUUUAACAUCUGAACCAGCCCAGUAUACCAUGUGUUUUUUUAUGGCCAAUUGUUUACUAUUUGUAUUUCCUAACAAUGUGAAUGAAACAAUAUCGUUCUGCCCGGACACUGAGGUCCAGCGCCGAGGGCCUUCUGGCAGUUCCCUCGCUACGAGAAGCCAAGUUACAGGGAACCGGGCAGAGGGCCUUCUCGGUAGUGGCACCUGCCCUGUGGAACACCCUCCCACCAGAUGUCAAAGAGAACAACUUUUAGAAGACUUCUGAAGGCAGCCCUGUUUAGGGAAGCUUUUAAUGUUUAAUAGGUUAUUGUAUUUUAGUGUUCUGUUGGAAGCCGCCCAGAGUGGCUGGGGAAACCCAGCCAGAUGGGUGGGGUAUAAAUAAAUUAAUAAUAAUAAUAAUAAUAUAUCCUUAUCCAUGUUUUUCUUAAUAGGAAGUACGAAGAAGCUCUCGAAUACCAUCGUCAAGCUCUAGUGUUGAUUCCUCAGAAUGCUUCUACUUAUUCUUCCAUUGGAUACAUUCACAGUCUGAUGGGAAAUUUUGAAAGUGCAAUUGAUUAUUUUCAUACAGUAUGUAAUCUUUAUAAAAUUGGGGGGGGUGGAAUUGGUGUCAAGCUUGAUGUGCUCAGUAUGAUUUUUCACUUUUCUUGAUUUUGUAAUUUGUCCUUUUUAAUCAGGCCCUUGGUCUUAGAAGAGAUGAUACGUUUUCAGUGACUAUGCUUGGACAUUGCAUAGAAAUGUAUAUUGGUGAUUCUGAAGCCUACAUUGGUAAGCUGUGAUUUUGUUACUGCUCUAUAGCUAUUCAAAUGUUCCCACAGUGCUACUGGCUGUCAGUACAGAUGUGCAUUCACGAAGAGCAUUAGCACAUUUUUUUCAUGAAGAGCACUGGCAAACUUAUCACUAGUAAACCAUUUCCUGAGUCCCCCAGAAGGCAGAAGGUCAAUGGCUUUAUUAAAUUAUUUUGGUAAGAAAUUACAGCUUGGUUUAAGAACAGAGGGAGGCUGCUUACACCAGGUCAGACCAUUGGUUCACCUAGCUUAGCACUGUGUAGCUGCCCACCACUCAGCACUGUCUAAGCUGUCCACCACUAACUAGUCAUAGCUCUCCAUGGAUUCAGACAGGAAUCUUUCUUAGCCCCAUCUGAAGAAUCUGUAUGUUGAACUUGGGAAAUAUUAGUUCUGCUCCUCCCUACUCAGUAGAGUAUGCAUUGCAUGCAGUUCUUUCACCAUUGCAAUUGCCAAAGUUUAAUGAUGAUGCUGCCACUGGGGGGGGGGGCGUUCCAUAAAAUAAAUACCAACAGAAGAUUAACUUUCUUGACAUAGGAAUUACUGUGCGCAUUCUUAAUUAUCUAAAGACCUACAGGUUACAGUCACUAUGAUGUAUUUAGGGCCAGGGUUUAAAUCCUCACUCAGCCAUGAAGCUUAUUGGAUGACCUUGGGCCAGUUACCGUUUCUCAGCUUAAACUAUGUCACACGGCUGUUGUGACGAUAAAAUGGAAAGGAGCAGAACCAUGUACAGCACCUUGAGCACCUUGUGGGGGGGGGGAGUGGGAUAAAAAUGUAAUAAUAAAGUAAAAAAUGAAUCAUAGAGGGGUGUACUUGAUGGUCCCUGUGGUCCCUUCCAGUUCUACAAUUAUGUGAUUCUAUAGUGAACUUCGUCUUUUAAGAGUCUAUGGGACUGGACAGAAAUAGUAUUUUUACAUGGAAGUAAUCUCAUGGCGGAAAUUAACAUAACAAUCUCUUUCAGGAACUGCAAUUAAGGAUAAAUUAAGAUGCUAUGACUUUGAUGUGCAUACUAUGAAGACAUUAAAGAACAUUAUUUCACCUGCGUGGGACGUAUUGGAAUUUGAUAUAGAAAAGCAAACCUUAGAAGAAAGUAGUAUCAUGGCAGUGGAAGCACCACAUCAGAGGAGAACUACGGAAGCACCCUCCAUUAGAUGA